CAGAGAAAUUGGUGAGUGUGUUUCCAAUGUGUUAAAUUGCAUCCUGGAUUUUUAAGGAAUAUUUUUCGACUCUUGGCUUGCUGUAUCAGUGCUAUUAAAAGUUCUUGGCUGCUGGCAACCCGCAUGACACUCGUGUCUCGCCUGUAGUAUCAGCCGGGUUGAGAAAAUUGUUGUAUUUAUUGUUUGCAACCUGUCUAACUGUUCUUAUUUUCAGUUCCCUGUUUUGAGAGGCAGGCGCCGGCCAUGCAAACUGCCUUGAGAAGUGCCAAGUCUGCUGAGAACGACGAGAAGGACGUUGAAAGGUGUGCAGGGCCGUCUGCAAAGCAAGACGGAGAGGCUGAAAGCUGGGCUGAAGGGGCUGGUGAAGUCAGAGAAAUUGUUCCCUGUUCUGAGAGGCAGGCGCCGGCCAUGCAAACUGCCUUGAGAAGUGCCACGCCUGUUGAGAAGGACGUUGAAUGGUGUGCAGGGCCGUCUGCAAAGCAAGACGGAGAGGCUGAAAGCUGGGCUGAAGGGGCUGGUGAAGUCAGAGAAAGUGUUCCCUGUUUUGAGAGGCAGGCGCCGGCCAUGCAAACUGCCUUGAGAAGUGCCAAGUCUGCUGAGAACGACGAGAAGGACGUUGAAAGGUGUGCAGGGCCGUCUGCAAAGCAAGACGGAGAGGCUGAAAGCUGGGCUGAAGGGGCUGGUGAAGUCAGAGAAAGUGCCCGCAUGACACACGUGUCUCGCCUGUAG